AUGGACUGGUCCAGCGACGAAGAAAAGAGCGACAAGGUGGAGAAGCACCCGAAGCUCAAGCCCCUGACCAAAGAAGCGAUGCAGUAUGAAAGCCUCAGAAUGGAAAUCCUCAACGUGGAAAUAAUUUGUGAUGCAUGAAAUGCGACGCAAAAAAGACUGUAUUGCAGAGGGUGCAAUGGAAGCCGACUAUUGUCCUGCUACGGGUUAAGAAUUGGAGUGCUGAUUAGCACGAGAGAAGGCUACCCCUUUGCCUAACUAGCAUGACAGACACGUUUUGAGCGCCCGGGAAAUUUGUCAUGCGCCGACUACAAAUGGCGCUUCAACUGGAGUCGUUUUUUGCAUUACAAAUUAUUUCCAAUUUGAGGAUUUCCAACCUGAGGCUUUCAUAUGCAGCAAGUGGUGGUCAUGACACCAGAAGAAGAGGAGGAAGAAGAGCAGGCUGCUCCUCCUGCUGCGCGGCAGCCUAGUACUCUGGCAGCUGGUGCACCGCCGAGUGGUCGUAGUACGGCUAGUAACGCGACGGCCGAUAUGAACAACUUAAAGCGACAACAGCGGGAUCUUCCCCGGGAAGACUUGAUCCGCUCCCCAGAGUCCGAAAACAGCGACGAGGGUGUUUCACCACAUGCUAAAGGAGGAAAAAAUAUUAAUACCACAAGAAGUAAUGGCGCAGCUACAGGCACCAGCAAGAGUGCUAAAAGUUUCAAUCAAAACGGCUCUACUACUCAUGCUGCAGGAGGGGGAGGUCAACCACCACCGCCGUCGGUAGUAGAAAACACGCCUUCGCACAAGCGACAAAAACUUGCUGCUGCAUCCUUUGCCGUAGUAGACCCGCACCAGACCACUCUGGACGAACAGCAGGAAGUAGAAAACUACAUCGAUAAUUUAGACCACAUCAAGCUUCCCCCCUCCCCGCCAGGGUCGCCGGACCCGCAAUUACAGGAAAGGGUAGAAAAGUUUUUCGCGCUGAAAGCCCAGGGCAAGCACUUUAACGACGCGGUCAUGAAGAGUAGCGACCAUCGGAACCCGUACAUUCUGGAAAAAGUGAUCAAAAUGUUCGGCAUUAACGAGUACUGCACCAAUUUUUCCCCGGACAAAUUCGACCCCACACCGUAUCUGAACGUGGCGAAUCAAAGUAGCGGAGGUGGCGGGGGAGCGACGACGCAGCAGAGAACUGGGGCGUGAGAAGGUAGUGGGUGUUAACAGCGGUAGAGGCAAAGAGUUUCAUCAUCUACUUCAUGGGAGAUCGAGAUGAUAGAUGAGACGAACGCGACAUCAAUAUUUGUACUGAACAGCUGCGUAGAAGUUCUACUUGCCACGAAGCAAAUGGCUCUACGUAUCAAGCUGCGGUAUGUUUUUUUUUUGCUCGACAGAACUCGUAGAUGUCGAGUGACUCAUCUGUGAUGACGCGGCCCUGAAUCUCUCUUCGCGCGAGGCUACCAUUUCUUUGUAUUAAAUGCUUUAGUAUGUACGUAAAACAUUUUUUACAGAAUCGGCAUACAACUAC